AUUUUUCUAUUGUGUUUUCAGGACAGGCCUGUCCUUUCGUCCUGCUGGUGUUGACCGGUCAGUUGGAGGAUCUUCAGGCAGCUCUGUUGGCGUCUCUCAUGGACGUAAUUGGCCUGCGUCAUGGUCAGAGCUGUUUGAGUAACUCUCUGUCCUGGUCAGAUGGACUAAAUCAGCUUCAUUGCCACCUACGGGGCGAACAUCUUAUGUCCCUGCUGGGACAAAAUGUGAAGGAUGCUGGACAGGACACGGCAAAGGAGAACUCAAGUGGGACCAGCAGCUGGCUAAGAGAGCCAACAGUCAGAAGACCCCUGCGGAGCCACAGCCGGCAACAGAGCUCACCUCGCAGGCUGAUCCAGUACCCGCCUCCCCCCUCCAAGGGCGGCAUUACCGUGACAACCGAGGACCUGGAGUGCCUCAAGGAUGGCGAGUUUCUCAACGACGUCAUCAUCGACUUCUACCUCAAGUACCUUCUGUUGGAAAGAGCUGACAAAGAUGUGGCCGAAAGAUCUCACAUCUUCAGCAGCUUCUUCUACAAGCAACUGACUCGGAAGAACGCUAGCUGUCCUGAAGACUCUGGAAGCACGCCCUCUCAGGUCAGAAGGCAUCAGCGUGUGAGGACAUGGACACGUCAUGUAGACAUCUUUGACAAAGACUUCCUGUUUGUGCCAGUCAAUCAAGAAGCUCAUUGGUACCUCGUGGUGAUCUGUUUCCCCGGGUUAGAAGUGCCACGGUUUGUGAGGAGGGACGGACUCGAGGGAGACUCUGUGCAGGGUGAUGGAAGUGAAGGUUUGGGUGAGUCUGAGGCAGCGGUCCAGGAAGAGAAUAGAUCCAACAGUGACGAGAACAAAGAUGACAGUCAUAUAAAGUCGAACGUGUCUCAUCUUCCUAACUGUACAGAAAAUACCUGCAAGAGACCUAUCGUAUGUAAAAGACCAUGUAUUCUCAUCAUGGAUUCCCUGAAGUUGUCGGUUCACGAACGUAUCUUCAAACUCUUGCGAGAGUGAGUAUCACAUUACAUUACAUUACAUUAAGUUGCACUGUUGUUUUGCUCUCUUUAAUAUUAUUGUUAUAACUAUUUGUUUACUAGUAUU